ACAGUCAACAACGACGAAGACGGUGGUACGACAACGGUGUGGCGUGGUGUCGACGUUUGGUUGUUUUUUUUUUAUUGUAUCCCUAUUCGAAAUACACAAAAGAAAGAGAAUUUGUCGAUUUUUCUGAGUGAAUUUUUAGUUUAACGUUUCCUGUCUUUGCGUGUGGUUGGUUAAACGAACGAAAAAUAUUGAAGCAAGCAAAAAAUAAAUAAAACACAAUAGCAGAAACGGGGAUAAAAAAUCGUAAAAAAAUUCGUAGCCUAUCGUAUUUGUUGUCUUCGUUCUUUGUAUACAAUAAAAUAUUUGUGGGACUGAGUGGCAGUCCUUUGUUUUUAAUGAUUUGAAAGUAGAAGAAAAAAAGAGGAAAAAAACAAACGUGCGUCGGUUUUUUAACAACGAAAUCUAAAAAAAAGGAAUACAAAAUUAAAAAAUAGCAAAUAAAAAGUGUGGCAAUAUAAAGAAAUGAAUAUAAAAUAAACAAAACCUAAAAUAAUGCAAGUUAUGAAAAAAUCUUAAAAAUAGAAUUACCAAAAAAAAAGAAAAGAGAUUUAUUUUAAGCCACUUAAAAUUUGUGGAUAUCCAUCAAAGUCAAGGAAUUAAAGAAGCGUGCAAUAAUUUUAUUCAAAACUUUUAAUAAAAAACAAAGCUUAUGAAAUUGGAUUAAAUCAUAUUUAAAUUUUGUAAAGUUAUAUAAUCUUAAGGCAAGGGUUUCGUUGGCAGAGCACUGUCUUUCCCCAGCACCCACACAAAAUCAAAGUCAUCCAUAAUGAAUUAAUUUUGUGAAAAUUAAUAAAGAAAAUUUAUAGAUUUCCCUAAAGAAUUUGAUUCGUUAAGAAAAUCAUCUACGCUACAGCGCAGCAGCAGCCGCAGCAGCAGAGUUCUUACAAAAUGCUACAGCAUCCCGCCACUGACUUCUAUGACUUGGCUGCAGCCAAUGCUGCCGUUCUAAGUUCGCGACAAACACCGCCCUAUAGUCCCACCGGACUGUCGGUGGCGGGCCUGAAUAAUAACAACAACACCAGCACCAGCAACAACAAUUUGGAUAUGUUGACCCAUAAAGGCAGCGUGACCAGUGCCACCAACAUCGGAAGUGGUGCCAGCCAUUUGCUGGGCAACCAGAAUAGCAGUACAAAUGGUGGCGCCACCAAUGGCGCCAAUGGUCGUGAAUCUCUGCCCAGUUUCGGUUUUACCCAGGAACAAGUGGCAUGUGUUUGUGAGGUGUUACAGCAGGCUGGUAAUAUUGAAAGACUGGGCCGUUUCCUAUGGUCAUUGCCACAAUGUGAUAAAUUGCAAUUAAACGAAUCUGUGCUAAAAGCCAAGGCCGUCGUUGCAUUCCAUCGCGGUCAAUAUAAAGAAUUGUACCGAUUGCUAGAACAUCAUCAGUUCUCCCCACACAAUCAUUCAAAAUUACAAAAUCUGUGGUUAAAAGCUCAUUAUGUGGAAGCCGAAAAACUGCGUGGAAGACCAUUAGGUGCUGUGGGUAAAUAUCGUGUUCGUCGUAAAUUUCCACUGCCUCGCACAAUUUGGGAUGGUGAAGAAACAAGUUAUUGUUUUAAGGAAAAAUCUCGUUCUGUGCUGCGAGAUUGGUAUACGCAUAAUCCAUAUCCAUCACCCCGGGAGAAACGUGAAUUGGCGGAGGCCACAGGACUGACGACGACACAGGUUUCCAAUUGGUUUAAAAAUCGACGACAACGUGAUCGAGCUGCCGAACACAAAGAUGGUAAUCCCGAUAAACAGCAUUUGGAUUCCUCCAGUGAUUCAGAAAUGGAAGGUGCUCUCAUGCAACAAAGUCAUGGCACAAAUUCCGCCAAUAGUAAUCCGAACAAUAGCAAUCAUCAUGCCACACAACAUCACCAACACCAUCAUCAUCAACAACAACAACAGCAGCAGCAACAGCAACAUACAGCACAACAAUUAUCGCCCAAUCAAACGCUCAGCAAUCAUCACACACAUCAUCAUCAGCAGCAGCAACAGCAGCAACAAUCCCAUCAUAGUACAGCUGCACUGACCGCUGCCGAUCAUGCGCUGAGUGCCCAGUUAAUUAGUGGUCCAGCCUUGUCGGUGGCGGCAGCUGCUGCCGCUGCCAAAGGUUCCGGUAAUGUACCCACACAAAUGGCCCCACUUCCUGCUGCUGUUGCAUAUUCACAUCUGCACAAUGUCAUGAGUUCUAUGCCCAUCUAUGAUAUGAGUGAAUAUCAACACUUAUGAUUUUAGUUAGAUGCCAUUUGUACAGGCAGCAACAGUAGUACUGGUACUGGUGGAGAAUGGUUGACCACAGCCAAAGUGGCGACUCAAACUCAAGCAGCAACAACAUCAAAAUCGGCAUCAGCAACCACGAUGGCAUAUAGAGAACAACAGCAACAGCAGCAGCAUCCUCACCAUCAUACACAACAGCAUAAUUUCUAUUUUUAAUUACCAGCGCAACUCUUGUAGACAUUUCAAUGAAAUAACAACAACAAAAAAAACCAACAAUAAUUCAUAGGCAAGCAACAUAGCAACCUAAGAGCAUAAAAGUGAUCAUGAUCAUCGUUUGGGGUUAAUAGAUUGAGCGAAUCCAUGGGAAAUAUUUGAACUACAACAUAAGCCCUGUUUUAUUUUAGCACUGAAUGGGCAAGCUAUGAAGGACAAACAUAUGGAGCAAAGAAUAAUCCAGUGCAAAUAGGAUUUUUAAAGUGACACCUGCUGUGUUUUAUUUUAGUCCUAUGCAGUGCAAUUCAGAUGUUCUAGAUAAAAUAUCAGUGCAUAGUUGUAUUGGUAAAUUAUCGAUCAUAUUUUAAAUAUUAGUUAGACAUUUUGAAAUACAUGUAUCGAAACAUUUACAGCAAGGCAAUUUUAUAAAUUUUAUUAGGUUUAGUGUAUGUAAAUUUACGAAGAUUUGGCUAAACUAAUCUAUUUAAUUCAAAAUAGAUGUAUAAAAUUCACAAUAGGCAUAUCAAUAAUUCACAAUAGGUAUUUAAAUAAUUCACAACAGGUGUAUCAAUAAUCCAUAAUAGGUAUAUCAUUAAUUCACAAUAGAAAUAUUAAUAAUUCACAACAAAAAAUAUCAUUCACGAUAGAUGUGACAGGAAAACAGUUGUGAAAACUUGAAAACAUUAUAAGAAGAAACAAACAAAACGAGAAAAUUCUUGAAUGUAAAAUUGUCUUUUCAUAACAUUUUCAAACACUAGCUCUAUGUAAAGUAAAAAUAAAACAGGGCUAUAUUGAUAUUUGCAUGUUUAAGAAAGUAGCACUCAUAUCAGUCUCAACUUAAUCAAACUGUCCCAGUUCACAGGAAGGGAAAGACUCUCUUAAUGCAAGUUACCAAUUAAAGACAUUUUUUUUGUAGCCAAAGAAAGAUAAUUGAAUUUAAGUAAACAUUUGUUUGUGACAAAUUAGGUCAGGUUAUAGUGGCAGAUGGAUUUCCCACAUUAAGUGUAAACAGAGCGUGAGGUUCAGCGCUACAAGAGAGAAGCUCUAGAUCAAGCGGCAUAUCAAGCAGGUCUAGACAACAUUCAUGCAGACACGGUAGCAGAUGUCGGAAAUGGCUAACGGACACCCCAUUGCACCUGAAGCAUUUGACCUCCCCUAUAAAACCAGAGUAGUUCUGGCUCAAUUACGUUCCGGCAGAUGCAGCCGCCCCUACUCCUACAGAGCAAGGAUUGAUGCCGACGUGCAAGAUGUAUUGCCCGAUAGUAACCAGGGACCGCAUGGUACACGUCACCUGUUUAACUGCCCAGCCAGACCCACUCGACUCAGACCCAGAUACCUGCGGACGCACCCCAUCUUAGUCGCAGACUUCCUGGGUCUUGACACUCAACAGAAUCAAGCAGACGAAAGAUAGAAAACAACAAACUGCUAAAACAACAACAGAGCUGAUCACUGAUGGCCCUGCCUACAAAUUGCAUUACUGUUGACCUAUGGAAAGCGACAAUUUCUCUCAUUGAAUGAAAAUGUGCAUGGUUCAAGGUAAUAAUUGGGAUAAAUACUUCUAUUGAUGCCUUAGAAGUGUAUUAGGGCCGAAACACUGAGUUAAUGACCUCCAUCAAUUACAACUCAUUUCAUUUCGCUACCCGAUUGCUACUUUUCUGGCAAUAACAUAUUUUGCCGUUAUUAGUUCCAGUAGACAGCAAAAACUAAAAAUCCGUUUCAAUCACGAAAUUAAUAGAUACAAUUAAUUUUUUAAUUGAAACUGCUUCAAUCACGAAAAUGAUAUUAUCAAUCAAUGUUUUUAAAGGAAUGAUUGAAAAAUUAAAAAAAUGAUUAAAAUUUUUGAAAUUUUCAAUUAAUUUUAUAAUUGAUCCAUUUAGAAAAAUUUUGGAAAUUUUCUAUUAAUUUUUUAAUUGAUGAAAUAAAAAGGUGAAUAAAUUUUUUGCAAAUUUUUUGAAAUCCGAUUCGUACACAGAAAAAAAUAAAAAUCGGUUUCAAUCACAAAAUUAGUUGGUUCAAUUAAUUUUUUAAUCCAAACUGCUUCAAUCAUAAAAAUGAUAAUAUCAAUCAACGUUUUUAAAGGAACGAUUGAAAAAAUUUUCAAUUAAAAAAGAUACAUAUUCAAUUAAAAAAAUUAUUAAAAUUUUCAAUUAAUUUUAUAAUAGAUCCAAUUAAGAAAAUGAUUAAAAUUUUCAAUUAAUUUUUUAAUUGGUUCAAUGGGAGGCGGUCUUUCUGCAAAGUUCUGACCUGAUGGAGUCCUUCGUCGGCAACAACAACAACAUAAAAGAAGGGGUAUGAGUCUAAAACCAAUUUUGUACUGUAAACAUUUUUCGAUUCAAUUAAAAUAAUGAUUGAUUCAAUUAAAUUUAACGAUUGUGAUUGAAAAUUCUUUUAGAUUCAAUAAAAAAAUUAAUUGAAUCGAUUAUUUUUUUAAUUAGAAAUUGCAAAACUGUGAUUGAAUAAAAACCAUAUUCAAUUAAAAAACUAAUUGAAUAUUUAAUUGAAAACGAUUACAUUUUCAAUAAAAUUUUUAAUUGAAUUUUUUUUAGACGGUUUUGUUUUCUGCUGUAGUUUUCAAAUUUCCCAUCGCUUAUGAAUUAACUCCAUUCAUGAAUGGACAACUUAAUUGCUGUGCUAGCUAUAGACAUACAUAAAAUAGUUUUCAAAUGAAUCUCCAUAUAAAAAACUAAAUAGUAGACGAAUUAUAUAAGAAAUAGUAACUUAAUACCCCCAA